AUGAUUACCAGUAAUAGUAUUACCGAUAAUCGUGUGCUGUACGCGACACGCGACUCGUGCAGUGAUAUAUGUUUAGUGAUUGGCACCAAUAAGAUACCGGUACACAAAAAUAUACUUAUAUCAACCAGUGACUACUUUCGGGCCAUGUUUACCAUUGAAAUGCUGGAAUCGCAGCUCCAGGAGGUGACAAUCGACGAGUACCUGAUCCGCGAGUUUCUGCUAGUCUUACGUGUGGCCUAUGGAUUCAAACUAACUGUUCCCGAACUGGACAAAGACUGGUCGUUUAGCGAACUGUUUGACGCCAUAGUUAUCUCAAAUAAAUAUAAUUUUCUUGCUGUCGAAGAGAUAAUAAGCGAAAUGUUUGUCCAAAAACUGAUGACAACUCCUAUAAGCUAUUUAUGUAUCAAAUAUAACAACUAUACAACUGGUGUGGUCGACAACAAUAACAGUGCUGUCAGUGAUACCACUGUUUUGACUAAAGUAACGGAAAACGAGUCGUUACAGACAAUGACAAUCUAUGAGCUCAUGGAUGUGGCCCGGGAUUUCAAUUUGCUAUAUUUACCACAAUUUUGUCAACAGUAUAUUCAAACGAGAGCCCUGCAAAACAUCAAUAGUUUUAAAUACUAUUAUAAUUUAUGGUCUUAG